AUGGGUCAACAAGUAACCAAUUCAAACUUGACCAUGUACGCGGAUGACCAUCAAAUGUACAAAACAGGCUCAAACCUGGCCAUGGUAAAAGACAGUCUAGAGGAACAAGGGAAACAAGCAAUGUCAUGGUAUGAAGAAAAUUAUCUACAAGCAAAUCCAGACAAAUUCCAGGUGCUCACCAUAAACCCAAGAAACGUGGACACUAGUCGACAGAAUAAAGACAUAUUCUUGAAUGGAAAGUUGUCAAGAAUAAUGACUAAAUGGAACUGCUUGGGGUAAAAGUUGAUGACAAUUUAAAUUUUAGUAACCACAUCAGCGAGUUAUGUAAAAAGGAGAGCAGAAAAGUUGGAGUACUAACUCGAUUACGCAAUUUAAUACCGUGUUCAGCUAAACUGAUAAUCUAUAAAACAUCUAUCCUUCCUUACCUUACAUAUUGUCACAUAGUUUGGCGUUUCUGCAAAGGGUCGGAUAGACGAAAAGUUGAACGUGUCCAGGAGCGUGCAUUGCGAGCAGUUUAUAGAACAAAAACAUACUCUUAUGAAACACUUCUGGAGAUGGCAGAGCUCCCUUCAUUAUACAACAGAAGGCUACAGGACAUUGCGACUUACAUGUACAAAGUUAAAAACGGACUUGCGCCGAAUAGUUUUAAUGAAAUUUUUAGUCUAAAACAGUCAACAUAUGCCCUACGUAAUAGUGAUUUUAUUUUACCUGGAUUUAAUACUACCAAAUAUGGCAAACAUUCUUUGCGUUAUUUCGGACCAAUGCUAUGGACAAAACUGAAUGACGGUAUUAAGAACUUGCCCAGUCUAAUCAGUUUCAAGAAAGCAGUCCGUAAAAUAGACAUAGAGAGCUUGCUGGACAACAACUCCAACUGCUGCGAGAUGUGCACGGAGUGAACAGAUACACUUAUUUAUAUAGUCUAUAAUAUAUACAUAUUAUAAAUUAUUGUAAAUGUUUAGAUAUAUAGUGUCACCAAUUAGCUGUAAAAGUUAAAUAACCUGGACACUGAAAUAAAGUUUUUAUUAUUUAUUAUUAUUAUUAUUACGAUGUCGUCCAAAUUCAUAAUUACACUUUGCUACGACGAGAUAGGAAAGAAAGAGAACAUGAUGGAAUUUGUCUGUAUAUAAAAAAUAUCUACUCUAUUAGCGUCCUUGAUGUCCCAAAGAAACAAGAAUGUGAAGUCCUGUGGGCUAUAAUUAACUCUCGACGCCUCCCAAGAGGAUGUGCUAAACUCGUUAUAGGAGUAUUGUACCAUCCACCCGGUGCUAAUAAAUCACUUAUGCUGGAACACCUGCAAUCAUCCUUGGAGGUAAUGGAAACUAAAUACCCAAACUGUGGAAUACUUUUAACUGGUGACUUUAAUAAAUUGCCGACUCAGCAUCUAACUCGACAUUUCCAUCUUAAGCAAAUAGUUGAUUUUCCAACAAGGGGGUCGAGUAAACUGGACUUAAUCGUAACCAAUCUUGCUGACUUCUACGACAAACCAUAUAGUAUUAACAGUGGCGAAGCCAGUGUCGUGUGAGUGGUCAUGCAUGCAAACGAGCGCCGAAGACGUGAGACAUCCUAGGGGGGCUCCGGGGGGAAAUUUUUGAAAUAUAGACUCCCAGAAACGCUAUUUGCAGCAAUCUGAGCAUCAAAUUUCGGAAAAUAGCUUGACCUAAUGAAGGAAAAGAUGUGGAUAUUUUGGCAUAUUUCAGACAACAAUAAUGAAGAUCGACACAAAAAUAGGAAAUCUGUGGUCUGCAGUCCGCUCUAAUUGUAGUCAUACCGGCAAUUGUGUAUUUCUUUUCGAUCAGAAAAUAUUACAUGCAUGUUCU